AUGAAGAGGCAGAACUUCCGCACCCUGGUCCUGAUCGCCAGCAUCCUCACCUACCUGGUGGUGGGCGCCGCCGUCUUCGAGACGCUGGAGUCCCGCGAGGAGCGCGGCAACAAGCGGCGCCUGGAGGGACGGCGCCAGGUGAUGAUGCGCAAGUUCAACCUGAGCCGGGCCGACUUCGAGGAGCUGGAGCAGGUGGUGGGCCAGCUGCGCGCCCACAAGGCGGGCGUGCAGUGGCGCUUCGCCGGCUCCUUCUACUUCGCCAUCACUGUGAUCACCACCAUAGGCUACGGCCACGCGGCCCCCAGCACCGACUCAGGGAAAGUCUUCUGCAUGUUCUACGCCCUGCUGGGCAUCCCCCUCACCCUGGUCAUGUUCCAGAGUCUGGGCGAGCGCAUCAACGCCCUGGUGCGCCACCUGCUGCACCGAGCCAAGAAGUGCCUGGCCCUGCGCCGCACCGAGGUCUCCAUGGCCAACAUGGUGGCGGUGGGCUUCCUCUCCUGCGUGGGAACCCUCUGCGUGGGGGCGGCGGCCUUCUCCCGCAGCGAGGGCUGGAGCUUCCUGCACGCCUUCUACUACUGCUUCAUCACGCUCACCACCAUCGGCUUCGGCGACUACGUGGCGCUGCAGCGGCACGACGCCCUGCAGAACGAGCCGCGCUACGUGGCCUUCUGCUUUGUCUACAUCCUGACGGGCCUGACGGUCAUCGGCGCCUUCCUCAACUUGGUGGUGCUGCGCUUCCUCACCGCCAACGCCGAGGACGACCGGCGGGACGCCCUGAGGCGCGGGGCCCCGCGGGGCGGCGGCAAGCCCGCUUCGGAGGUGGCGUGCCUGGUGCCGCCCGCCGCUUCCGCGCCGUCCACGCCCAACGCCAAAGACGUCUACACGGAGGUGCUGCACUUCCAGACCAUCUGCUCUUGCCUGUGGUACCGUAGCGAGGACAAGACCCGGGAUCCCUCCUCGGCCGUUUCCCGGGAGCUCGGCUUCUCCGACGCCUACCUGCCACGGGACAGGACGCGCUACGCCGAAACGGCGUCCACCGGCUGCGUGUGCACGCCGCGCCGGCGCUCGGGGAAGCGCCUGGACUUUCUCUCGCCUUUACGAAUGUUUAGGAGACGCAGCUCCGUGUAG